AUCGAUUCCAUUGCAUCAGCGAAAAAGUUGAUGAGACGCAAGUCAGCAUGCAUCACACAUACGCACAGAGAGAGAGAGAGAGGAAAGCCAGCCAUCGUCAGCAGAGGGGAAGCCAUGAACAGGCCACACAGUCCGAGAAGGAGGCCAUGGACGCAGGAAUCCAUCCGCGAUGGACAUACAUACAUAUGUGUGUGUGUGUACAUCCGUCUGUAUUGAGAGGACAUACAAAACGGACAUACACAUAUGGACACAGACAGAGGGACAGACAGACAGACUGACAGAGGGAGAGAGGGAGGGGGACGGGAGAGAGCCAAACUGAGGCAGUCAAGGCAGCAGAGACGAGCACAUGGCCAUCCAUCCCCACACCACGAGCAGUAAGGAGGAUUGGAGCGCAUCACUCCAGUCAGUGUGUGUGGCUGUGCACGCGAAAGCCCUCAGCAAAAGCGCCUCGGCGACCGUACCGAGUGCCAUGCAGGGGUCACACAGAUAUGAACUUAAAGCGACACACACACACAGAGAGAGAGGAAGCCGCCCCGACCGACAGUAAGGCAAAAAUAACUGACUGCAUGGCAGCGGUCUGUCUGCGUGGUGUGGUGAAGUGUGAGAGGAUGGGCAAUCAAUGUGAAACACACACUGCCAUGUCUGUCUGUAUGGAGCAAACAAUGCGCCACAGAUAGAUGGAUGGAUGGAUGGUUUUGCUAACACCAUUCCCUCCCUCCCUCCCUCUUUGUCUGUCAGCAAGUGGUCCUACAUCGGUUGGCGGUGCGCUCUUCUGUCAUCUGUCUCUGUGUGUGGCCGGGAUACCAACACACCCCUCAUGCAAAGACGGAUAAGCGCUGCAACCGGUCGAUUGCGCCCAUCAGCACAGGUGGCCCGACCCAAACACAAAGAUCCAUCCAUCAAAGCCCUCACACGUGCUGUGCUGUACACAAAGAGUGGACGGACGGAUGAGAGAGAGAGAGAGGGAGAGAGAGGAUGCUCUGUGUGUGUUGGAAAACAAGGUGAGGGACCGUGCUGUCUGCCUCCCUGGUCUGCUCCCUCCCUCGUCAGACAGUCCACAUGGGUCUGUGUGGCGCCUCGCAUUCUCACCGCCAAAACAACACCAGCGAGUAGACCCACAUGCAGCGGCUCAGCUAGUGGGCUGCUCAAUUCUUCUACACAGACGGCCGCACUCUCACACACUAUAGCCCCCAACAGCCAGCCAUGAAGACCAUCUCUUCUGCACCCCCAGGCACCAAUGCACUUAUCAUCACACUGUCUGUAUGUGGGCACUCGACGGCCUCGACAGCCCCUCUUGCCUCCAUUGCCGUGUCCGCCUCACGAGUCACUCCGAGUACUCGCCGCUACCUGAUCAACACAGACACACACACAUACACACAAUCAGACACAAGUGAGGCAGAUCGACAGGAGCCAGGGGAUCUGUGCUGUGCUGUGGUGCGUACAUCCGUUGCCGUCUUGUACGUCGUUGGGAUCCAUAUCAUCGUCAUCGUCAUCGCCCUCAUCAACGUCUCCAUCUGCACCAUCCAUCCACACGUGUGUGUGUGUGUGUGUGUGCAUUGCUCUCUCCCCACCGUCAUCGUCGUCACCCUCACCCUCACCGUGGCCGUCUUCAUCUACACCACACAGACAGAGAGGGAGGGCACAUCCAUCCAUCCAUUCUCAUGUGUGUGUCCCUCCCACCCGCCCUCUGUCUGUCCAUACCAUCGUCACCGUCGUCACCCCCCUGCUGCUGUGGCUGCGGCUGAGGCUGUUGUCUGUCGAACAUGUCAGGCCCCACAGCCUCCAGCGCCGCACGAGCCAGGGCGGUCGUCUGGGGGAAGCGGUCCUUGAAUGCAGCACCCUCACCAGAUGCAGCAGCCUCGGUCGUCCACACAGUCACCACGACUGCAGACACACAAGGUAGAGAACAUUAGUGGCAUACACGUGACUACCAGAGCUUCCUGUCUGUCGACCUGACCUCUGUUGUUGCCCCUGUCCCAGAUGACAAUCCAUGCGACGAAGUUGUGGCUGUUGUUGGUGAGCACCGGGUAUCGACCACCGUGCUGGCUGAAUGUGGUGGUGCAUCCGUCCACCGGUGUGUGGGGCGACUGGUUGAGGAGGGCAUGCAGACGACCGCCGCCAACAUACCUAAAACAACAACACCACACACACACACACAAUCAGACACCCACCCCUCUCACCCACUGGUGCCAUCGGUGGCUUACCUGUCGAGAUAUUUCGUUGUGAAAUUGGUCUGGUGAGUCAUCAACGAAGUGGCUGAGGAUCAAACGCUUGGUGCACGAGGACAGCGACGAAUAAGUGAAGUAUCCCGCACUCCACCAUCUUCCGGAGUAGUAGAAGAUGACGUUAUGCACUGGCGGGUCGUCCUGUAGUCGGCGCUGCAGGUACAGGUGGCCGGGCGGGAGGGGCGGAUUGAAGUCCAGCCGGUAGCCGGGCUCGUCAUUGAUGGCCCGCACAUGAUGGCCAUGGCGGAACAGCUGCAGCCGGCUGCCGUCACCGAAGUCAAUGUGACGCCCCACCACCAUCAGCUGCGCCAACACACGGGGAAGCGAUACAUACACCUACACACACACAACACACACACACACACAUGGAUGAGCAAAUGAGGCCAUUUCUCCUCCUCCCUCCCGCCCUGUGAGUCCCACCGUCUUGUCGGCGUGUUUGUUGAUGUCGGCCGCAGUGAUGUUGACGGGCAGCGUGCAGCAUGCACACUGGCUGGCCCACCGCAGCACCUCAGCCACCUCAUCCCAGCUCUGCUGCUCCACCAUCCACAUGGCUGCCACCAGCAGCCGCUUCUCGGUCACCGACUGUGGGUCGAAGGCUAUCACGGUGUCCAGCGGGGUCCCAUCGGCAAGCCGAAUGCGAUGGAGUGACCAAUUCAGUCGGCUGCGGAGCGUCUGGGCAGGGAAGUGGUCAUUGCCGACGAAGCGGGCCGCGGUCCUGAGGCGGCCGAUGUCCUUGGCCUCGUCGUAGAGCUGGUAUCUAUCGUCCCGGUGAAUGAAGUCGAGGCACUGGCCGUGGACGGACGGCGAGGCCUCGUCGGUGGUCCUCCGCGGGACGGUGUUGCCCAUCGCACCUCAGUCAAAGGCCACUCAAGG